GAAUCUAAUUUUUUUAUGCACGUACGUAGCUUUACCGAACACAAUCAAUAAAUUAACAACUUUGUUUCACAUUUGAUAUACUUAUAAACAAAUUCUUUUGACUAUCACUUGAUUGUUAAACAUGACAAAGAGGUCACAAAGUGAUUAUUUUUACGGAAGAUGGUUAUUGCACCCUCCACCGGGCGAAGAAGUCGUAGUAUCUGGAAUUGCUGGUGAUUUUCCUGAAUCCGAGAAUGUUAACGUAUUUCGUGAGAACCUCUUUAAUAAGAUCGAUAUGGUAACAGUGGAUGAUAGGAGGUGGCGUCUUGAUUAUCCUCAAACACCGAAAAGAUUUGGCAAGAUAAAGGAAAUAGAAAGUUUCGAUGCUGGUUUCUUUGGGGUGCAUCAACCACAACAGUUUGGUGUCACCGGAAACAUGAGGAAUAUUGUUGCACACAGGAUAAGUUAUUUCCUAAAAGUUAAAGGACCUUCUAUGGUGGUCGACACAGCUUGCAGUACGUCAAUUCCUGCUAUUGAGGCAGCUUUUCAAGCCAUCAGAAAUGGACAUUGUGACAAUGCCAUUAUAUGUGGUGGUAACUUGUUUGCUUUUCCCAAAGUAAUGGCAGCAUUUGCGAUGUUAGGUGUCUUAAGUCCUGACGGGAAAUGCAAAACUUUCGACAAGGAUGCAAAUGGUUAACUGCGAUCCGAAUCUAUUGUAUGUGUUUUUCUACAGAAGGCGCAAGCUGCUAAAAGAAUUUACGGAAAGGUGAUCCAUGUGAAACAAAAUUCGGAUGGCUUCAAGGUGCAAAAUAUCUAUUACCCAUCAACUAAAAUGCAAGAAAAAUCGGUAACUGAGACACUGUUUGAUUCGGGACUGGAUCCAAAUGAUGCGGCCUAUGUGGAAGCCCACGGAACUGGAACAUAAGUUGGCGACCCAGCAGAAACUCAAGCCAUUGAUAACGCCAUAGCGAAGAAGCGUUCGAAUCCCCUGGUUGUCAGAUCCGUCAAAAGCAACAUCGGUCAUGCUGAAGUCAUAUCGGGACUGUGUUCUCUCAGUAAAGUAAUAAUCAUGAUGGAAACGAGAUUAAUAAUAAUUCCGAAUGAUAAUUUCAAAGAGUACAAUCCGAGUUUGAAAGGAUUUGUAGAGGGACGAAUGAAAGUAGUAACAGAUUUAACACCAAUCGAAACCGGUAAUGAUGUUUUUGUAAUAAAUAAUUACGGUUUUGGAGGUAGCAAUGCCCAUAUGUUACUAAGACGUCUAGAUAAAAUCAAAAGUGUAGGAGAUUUACACGAAGAUCUACCACGAUUAGUCUGUGUUAGUGGACGAAGUGAAAGUUCUGUUUCUAACUUAUUAGAUGAAUUGGAUCGUAAACAGCUUGAUCCAGAAUACGUAGGUUUGCUUCAUCAUCUUUUCAAAAAUAAUGUUCCUGGUCAUUUGUGUCGAGGCUUCGCAAUCGUUUUGAAAAAUUCUUCAACUAUCAGAUCUACUAAUACUUUGUCACAACAAACGAGCGACUUGUAUGUAAUUUUCGGGCGCUUUUUUAACAAUUUUGCAGCUGUAGGGAGAUACCUGCUUCAGUUUCCUGUAUUUGAAGACAUUAUUGAAAAAAUCGACAACUGCAACAGUAAUAGGAACGAGAUUAGGAACGUGUGUGUGAAAGCAACGACAAAUUUAGGCGAAGCUGUGAUUCAGCUAGGAAUUGUAGAACUGUUGAAAUUCUUGGAAAUUCAACCAUCAAUUAUAUAUGAAGACCAUUGGGGAAAAAUUAUUGCUAUGUAUUACCAGGGGAAACUUGGUUUGGCCGAAACGCUCUCGAAGUUAGAGGUACUAGACAAAAAAUGCACAACUAAUGGAAUAGAAAACGAAGAUAAUAAUAACUAUGAGAACAAAGUCAAUAUUUACAAUAGAACGUUAAACAAACAUAAAAAUUUUAUUCUGCUAAAUAUAUCAGACAAAACUAUACUUGAGAAUAACAGCUGUACCCUGACCGAAACCAACUUUCUACAGAUCCUAGGAAGUUAA